AUUUUUGUUAAAUUAGUACAUCGUGGUCGUCUCACGUUCGAUUACCUUUCGCCAUCUUUCAGUCAACUCCCAAAGUUCUUUUGUUUCUCGACGAAAGUGAAAUUUGAGCAAACUAUUUAAUUCUGCUUCUUCACCGUCAGACGUUCGAAAAUAUUUUCACAGUAGUCUUUCUUCCCUUUUCGGAGAUGGUUACAUAGCGAAGUAUAAUGAAAAUGUCCCUUUCGAAACGAAGAAACAAAAAUCGUUUCUUCCUUCUUUCUAAAAACAAGUUUCUACAACCUCGGUCAGUAGUUACAGCCGAAACGUUAAGUUAGCUACUUACAUGUAUCUGUCCAUCUAUCAGUAAAAAAAAAAAAAAAAAAAAAAACGCCAUUACUCUUUGGCCAACGGAAGUUCGCAACCGGACGUCGAUUUUUCUUUCUCUGAAACACCCUAGGCACAACACACGGUCGUCGGGGGAUGGAGGGGGGCGCAAGUAGAACCAAAGGAAAAUAGUGGAAACCUGGCGCAGUACGCGUGCGAGCAGCCAGAGGGCAACACGAAUCGAUUACUACUUUUGCUAAUGGCUUGUUUCACUUAACACGCCUUUCCGCGGCCGUGAGAGAGAGAGAGCAGGUUUCGCCGUGAGAGCCAGCGGUGCCGUGCGUGUCCGUGCUGCGGAUCCGAAGGAGACCUUUCUUUUUUUUUUUUCCUUUCCUUCUCACGCGUUCCGCGACCCAAAACGGGGGAAUUACAAUGAAGCUCCUCCGCGGCGGUAACUAGUCGAGGGGUUGGCCGGUUCGCGUGCCAGUUCGCGACCCGUUCUCGGCGUCAACACGUUAAACUGUCAUCAGGAAGCUGUUGGCCCUCCAAUUUCCUGGAGGCCAGUGGUGUCAGUGACACCAGAGAAUAAUACGAGCUGCUAGCGUGAAGAGGUACAGUAGAGUUGGCUUAGGCCAACGUCGGUGAACGAAGCAAAAUGGCAACAAUAGAUGGCCGACCGACCCAAUAUGGUGUCACUCUUAAGCAACUUCGUGAGCUCAUGGAGCUCCGAGGACGUGAAGGUGUCAAUAAAAUCAAUAGUUAUGGUGGUGUGCAGGAGAUUUGUAAAAAAUUAUAUACUUCACCCAGUGAAGGUCUCAGUGGAUCAGCAGCUGAUAUCCAACAUAGACGAGAUACCUUUGGUUCCAAUCUAAUACCUCCAAAACCACCAAAAACGUUUCUACAAUUAGUGUGGGAAGCUCUUCAAGAUGUUACGUUAAUCAUCUUGGAAGUAGCUGCAUUGGUUUCGUUAGGUCUUAGCUUUUAUCACCCAGCAGAUGAUGAGGAGAAACCAGCUUUGGUAGAUGAAGAUGAAGCAAAAUAUGGUUGGAUAGAAGGAGCUGCUAUAUUUAUUUCUGUGAUCUUGGUGGUAAUAGUAACAGCUUCCAAUGAUUACUCUAAGGAGAAACAGUUUAGGGGCCUCCAAAGUCGGAUAGAAGGGGAACAUAAAUUCUCUGUCAUUCGACAAGGGGAGGUCAAACAGAUCUCUGUGUCUGACAUUGUGGUUGGUGAUAUAUGUCAGAUAAAAUAUGGAGACCUGCUGCCAGCAGAUGGUAUCCUUAUACAAAGCAACGAUCUCAAAGUGGAUGAGUCCAGUUUAACCGGAGAGUCAGACCAUGUUAAAAAAGGAGAAUCGUUCGAUCCCAUGGUACUCUCAGGUACACAUGUGAUGGAGGGUUCUGGGAAAAUGUUAGUUACUGCUGUGGGCGUUAACUCACAGGCUGGUAUUAUCUUUACUUUGUUGGGUGCUGCUGUUGAUCAGCAAGAACAAGAAAUCAAGAAGAUGAAGAAAGAGGCUAAGAAGCAGCGGAAGAAGAAGUCAUUAACAGGGGACGAAGCUGUAGAAAUAACUGGAAAUAGCCAUGUGAGCGGAGGCAAGCACGAGGCCGGGGAGAAUCAUCACCCGCCCAGCCAGGCGGGCGGUGCAGAAGGGAAGAAGGAGAAGAGCGUUUUACAAGCCAAGCUAACUAAACUCGCCAUACAAAUCGGUUACGCCGGCUCGACCAUAGCAGUGCUUACCGUUGUCAUUCUAGUCAUUCAGUUCUGCGUUACCACGUUUGUCAUACAGGGAAAACCUUGGAAGAACACGUACGCUGGUGAUCUGGUGCGGCAUUUGAUCAUUGGUGUAACGGUACUCGUAGUCGCCGUUCCCGAAGGUCUUCCUCUAGCUGUCACCCUCUCCCUCGCUUAUUCCGUUAAGAAAAUGAUGAAAGACAACAACCUGGUGCGCCAUUUGGAUGCAUGCGAAACGAUGGGUAACGCCACAGCGAUCUGUUCGGACAAGACUGGCACCCUGACAACCAACCGGAUGACCGUCGUGCAGUCGUACAUAUGCGAGAAAAUGAGCAAGAAGGUGCCGGAGUUCUCGGAGAUCCCGUCGCACAUUGGAAACUUAAUAGUUCAAGCUAUAUCUGUUAAUUCGGCGUACACAUCCAGAAUAAUGCCCGCGCAGGAUCCCACAGAAUUGCCGCUUCAGGUCGGCAAUAAAACCGAAUGUGCCUUACUUGGAUUCGUAGUUGCCCUGGGCAUGAACUAUCAGACGGUGCGAGACGAUCAACCGGAGGAAACCUUCACGCGAGUGUACACGUUCAAUAGCGUUAGGAAGAGCAUGUCCACUGUUAUCCCGAGGAAAGGCGGUGGAUUCAGGCUCUUCACCAAGGGCGCUUCCGAGAUCAUCAUGAAGAAAUGUGCCUUUAUAUAUGGUCGUGAAGGUCAUUUGGAGAAAUUUACCAGAGAGAUGCAGGAGCGUCUGGUAAAGAACGUGAUCGAGCCGAUGGCGUGCGACGGUCUCCGUACGAUCUGCGUCGCGUAUCGCGACUUCGUCCCCGGCAAGGCAGAGAUCAAUCAGGUUCACAUGGACAACGAGCCGAACUGGGACGACGAGGAGAACAUCGUGAACAAUCUCACGUGUUUGUGCAUCGUCGGUAUCGAGGACCCGGUGCGGCCGGAGGUGCCGGACGCGAUUCGAAAGUGUCAGAAGGCAGGCAUCACUGUGCGAAUGGUGACCGGAGACAAUAUAAAUACCGCGCGCUCCAUCGCCCUGAAAUGCGGUAUACUGAAGCCGAACGAGGACUUCCUGAUCCUGGAGGGGAAGGAGUUCAACAGGAGGAUCCGGGACGCCAACGGCGAGAUACAGCAACACCUUUUGGAUAAAGUGUGGCCCAAGUUGAGGGUGUUGGCUAGAUCGUCGCCUACAGACAAAUACACGCUCGUGAAGGGCAUAAUCGAUAGCAAGGCGAGCGUGAGCCGCGAGGUCGUUGCUGUAACCGGUGACGGAACGAACGACGGCCCGGCCUUGAAAAAGGCGGACGUCGGCUUUGCCAUGGGCAUCGCCGGCACCGACGUCGCCAAGGAAGCUUCCGAUAUCAUUCUAACGGACGAUAAUUUCUCGUCGAUCGUUAAGGCAGUUAUGUGGGGUAGAAACGUCUACGAUAGUAUAGCGAAGUUCUUGCAGUUUCAAUUGACCGUCAAUAUCGUCGCUGUUAUAGUUGCUUUUAUCGGGGCAUGUGCUGUGCAAGAUUCCCCCCUUAAAGCGGUGCAGAUGUUGUGGGUGAACUUAAUCAUGGACACGUUAGCGUCCCUCGCAUUGGCCACCGAAAUGCCUACGCCUGACCUUCUCCUUCGUAAACCGUACGGUCGCACGAAGCCGCUCAUCUCCAGGACAAUGAUGAAGAACAUUCUCGGCCAGGCUGUCUAUCAGUUGUCUAUAAUUUUUAUGCUUCUUUUCGUUGGUGAUAAGGUAUUUGACAUCGAAACAGGCCGAGGAGUUGCGCAGGCUGGCGGUGGUCCAACGCAGCAUUUCACCAUCAUCUUCAACACAUUCGUCAUGAUGACUCUUUUCAACGAAUUUAACGCUAGGAAAAUUCACGGUCAGCGUAAUGUCUUCCAAGGAAUAUUCACCAACCCCAUCUUUUACUCUAUCUGGAUCGCCACAUGUCUGUCGCAGGUAGUUAUCAUACAAUACGGUAAAAUGGCGUUCAGCACGAAAGCUCUCACAUUAGAACAAUGGAUGUGGUGCCUGUUCUUCGGAGUUGGUACUCUGUUGUGGGGCCAAGUAAUUACGACUAUUCCUACGCGCAAGAUUCCUAAAAUCCUUUCAUGGGGCCGCGGCCAGCCGGAUGAUAUCGGUGCGAUCAAUCUCGGAGAUGAGAAAUUCGACCCUGACUCGGAUAAAAAGCCGCGCGCAGGACAAAUUCUAUGGAUCCGUGGUCUAACACGACUACAAACACAGCUUCGAGUAAUAAGAGCGUUCAAGUCGACUCUGGAAGAUUUGGAGGAGCGUCGCUCUGUCCAUAGUUUACACAGCUUACACAGUAUGCGCAGCUCACGCAGCCACACCGGGCCCCGACCACUGUCCGACUUCACGUACAUUGACGAAGACCCGACAAACGCCGCGGUGAACGCCGCCGGCAGGGCCAGCAAGACAAACGCCGAGCUGUUGCCGGUGGACCACGCAAGGAUGAUGAACAGCUCCACGACGUCGCCGUUGUUGCUCACCGUCGCCGGGCCACCCGCCGGCAACGCGCACCACCAUCAUAACACCACCAUAAACACCACCAAUAAUAGAUCCUCGUCCAAUAGCGCCCUAAACCAGGCCCAGCAACCCAACCAUACGCAGAUGCAGAGUAGCAACAACAGAGACAGCAACAACACUGGAAACAACACCCUGCUUCUCAGCUCCAAUAAUCUGGCCCUCCCGGAAUUGACGAAGCUCGUGCAUGAGACCAGCAUUUAAACAAACAAAAAAAAAAAAAAAAAAGGCAGCUUUGCGUGUCACCACUGUACACACACUCUCCCCCUCUUGCCUCCCCCCUAAAUUCUCUGCCCCUUUUUUUCUCUCAUCGUCAUCGUCGUCGCCAUCGUUAUUAUUAUUAUUAUUAUUAUUAGUAUUAUUAUUAUUAAUUAUUAUUAUUAUUAAUUAUUAUUAUUAUUAUUAAUUAUUAUUAUUAUUAGUAGUAGUAUGAUUAUCGUUACUAUUAGUCUCAUCCUCUCUCAUCUUUUAUUUUUUUUUCUUUUUGCCUACCCUAUCUAUCGUCAAUCUGUGACGUGGUCAUCGAUCAUCUCUUCUUUGUACGUGCUCUUUUUUCUCUCUCUCUCUCUCUCUUUCUCUCUUUGUGUCUCCGUCUUUAUCUCUGCCACUUUUCUCAUUUCGUGUUAGCGUUCUCUGUCAAGGUUUUAUUACUCCUCCUGGGGCCCUAGACCCAGAGUCUGCCCCGAAGGUGAAUCUCUUCGUUGCUCGUCUUGCAACGACGACCACUGAUGAUACUCAGUCGAUGGUAAUAACCUGCGCUCCAGGUUUCCACGUGUCGUAAUUUUUUCAAUUAGUUGCUGACAGCUUUGUCCAGUGGGUCCAAUUUUCGCCGACACGUCUCUUCUCAUAUACACACACGUUUUUCUUUUGUACUGCAACAGAUUUCAAAGAAUCGUCCCAUCUCUCUUCUUUCUUUUUUGCAUCUAUGAUGCCCAAGGAAUAUCUGUAUUAUCUCUUUGCAACACGAUUGUUUCACUGACAACGAGAUGGGUAGGUUCUUCUUACCUUUUGUUCUUCUUCUGCAUUUCACUGGCCAGAGUGUUUCAACUUCAUUCUCUCAAAUCUUUGUGAGAUCUAGCUCUUCUCGUAUCUUCAUUCCAACUUUAUUCUGACAAACGAUCGUCCUUUUUUAUCCGAGAGACCAUUGGAUUCUCCACGAUAGCUUUCUUCUUGUUGUUUCUUCAAGGAAGAACGUUUUUAUCCCAGGGACAAGACACACCUCCGUUCUUCUUUCUUCUUCCUCCCUUAUGUCAAAGAGAUUUGCCUCUUUGGGAGAGAGAGCUGCUUAAAGUACUUAAAGCUCGUUUCGAAUACAAAUGGGCCUCCUUCUCUCCCCUCUAUUCAGCCUGUGUGUUCCGUCCGAGCUUCUUCAGACUUCAUUCAGCCUUCCUCGUGUUCCCAUUUGGGAAACCGAGCAACAAAAAAAAUAAGACAAUAUAUAUAUAUAUAUAUACACACACAGACGUGUACACGUAUGUUCAAACAGAAUUGUCAUUCCAUUUCAAAAGCUAUAAACAAGAAGCUCUCAGACACACAAUAAAGAUGGUUUGAGAUUCUUCCAUCCAGUCGAAACUAACUCUUCUUCUCAGUUAACCUUUCGUUGGAUCAUAUUUAUUGUACAAAUAUAUACAGACGUUUAUAUACGAGCGUGUAAGAUAGAGGAGCUGUCAGUGCAUUCUUUUUUUCUUUUUUUUUUUUUUUUCCCCUUUAACCCUCACCUUUUCUUCUGUCCACCUUCGUUCUGACAUUUUAAGUUCUCUGACAUACAUACAUAUAUAUAUAUAUUUGUUUUCUUCUUCAUUUUUUUUUGUGAACGUAUAGCGCGUCUCAUUCGAAGCUCACUUUAAGUUUCAAUGUGCCACAGACAACGCCCAGUAUAACGAAUGAAAUCCAUUGAAGCAUCAGGCUGCGACUGCCUACUUGUCUGCGCGCACGUCGGUCUGGCUUAAAGCGCUUGCUUGCUUCACCUAGUAUGUCUCUUCACGCUACCCAUUCAUUCACUCACAUGAUCCUUUUGCUCGCCUGCUUGUCUCUGUUUCUUUGUGAAACUCGACCGAUGGUGAAACUAACUGCAGUGUGUCGGCGCGGUUUUCCCUUCUUUUUUUUUUCUUCGUCCGUCGUUUCCAACCAUUGUUAGAAGUAGCAAACGUCUGUUCAGUUUUUCUCGUAGAGAGAGGCUGUUUUGCAAUCUUCUAAGGGAGUCUGUUGUCGCAACGACAGACAGUGUCUCAGUACUUACUCUUCCCUCUGGAUGCCUGUAUACAUGUUACUGUUCGUCAAUGCUUUUGCACUGAGAGAAUGCAGAGCUGCGGCUGUUUCCAUAUAUUUUGAGGUGAUUGAUCAGGAAGCUCUAGCAAACUAUCAUUGUCCAGUAGAUCACUUGUCGUUAGGAGUAUCGGUACAGGGUGUUUAUAAAGUCUCUGGGUAAUUGGCCAAUUGGUCGUCUCGUUCGCUUGAUAAGAGGACAUUGUCUAAACUUGCCAGAUUAUCCGCCAGGCUCAAUAUAAAUUGGAGAACGAGUGAAAUUACAAAAUCAAUAAUAACAUACAAAGACCACACUGUGUACACGGAGGGGGAGACAAUUGAAGAGUGUCCUUUUGAGGAAGGGAUCCCUCGAGUUGAAUUUUGAAAACUGACAAGUAUGUUCUGUCGUGAAGCAACAACAAUGGUGUUAUUGUAACAGCCAUAAAGUCCAUCAAUGUUGAGGAGUUUGGAGAGUCUCAGAGACGAGUUAAGACUCCAUAGACACUCUGUACAGCGUACACGCGAUGCUCAGUGUCUGAGCUAAUAAAGGAAUCGUUCUGUAGCUCAGUUUCUCUAGAACCUGGAUGGGUUUCCAGUGUGAGUGAUCCAAAAAAAAAAGAAAGAAAACACGUGGGUGAGAUGUUAGAUAAAAACGAAAAGAAUCUCGCGAAAAGGAAAGGGACAAGACGGCACGAGAAAGUACUUAACCGCGAGAUCGGACGCCUCGUCGCUGCCCUCUGGUUUCUCUUCUUCCACUCGAAGAAGCUCGAACGAAACAUCGACUCGUCCCGAUUGCCCAACAGUGUCUGAAAAUGUUCAAAAGUUGCAAAUUCCGAGAAGAUGCUCGAGACCGUGUUUCAUUUUGUGUGUGUCGAAUUUUAAUUCACCUUGGUUUCUCGCGUUCAAGAGGAAGAGAAGAGAGGAUUAAGCUGCAAGGAAGUGAAGAGUCCUAAAUGAGUUGGAAGAAGAAUCCUAAAAUUGGAAACUAGUGGUCUGUAGAGAAAAAGAAAGUGUCUGGAAGUUUCGAGGUUUCGUCGAGGAAAUUACUGGAGGUCAUCGACAGGAAGGAGCGUUCGUCAUCGACAGGUGUUGAUAUCUUCGUUUGUGCCCGGAUAACGAACGGAGAAACGUGACGAAUUUAUAUAUAUAUAUACAUAUUCUUUAAUCGCUUUGAUUCUGAUUAACAGAAAGAGUCUAGCGCUAAUUUAAUUCAUUUUUUUUAUUAUUGACCCCCUUGAAAACCGGGUGUGCGUCAGUACGUGCGAAGCACUUUGACUUAAGAGAUCGACAUCCACUGCCAGGGUUGUUGCAAAAGAAAGAAACGAAAGUCGAUCUCUCUGCAAAGAAAGGCAAUGAUAUUAUUUCACGGUUCGUGAGGGAGAGCCGGUGAAAACGAGGGGCGA